AUGACGAAAGAUCAUGAGAAUAUCUGGCUGGCUAACUUCGGUAUGAACCUGAAAGACAAACGGAAAAAAUCAAUGUCAUCAGAAGACUCAGAAUACUCUUCGAUGGCACCGUCGACAAAUACUCUCGGACUGCCUUUGAUCAAACAGGCAAUCGCAGAGUAUUUCAGGGAAGAGAUGUCGUUGCUGGGUGUCCUGAACAACUAUAACCGAGGCAAUUACAAAUUGAACCCUGUGAUUGUACAAGAGGAAGACUACAACGUCUACUAUGGUGGCAUCAGCAAUGGUCUCCUAUGGCCAGCUUUGCACAACUUACCGGAGUAUAUAGUCCCUGAUUACGAUACGCCGAAGAUUUUGCGCGACCACUGGUGUGCUUAUGUUCGGGUCAACUAUCAAUUCGCUAUUGAUGCUGUACGAAAUAGUCGGCCACAGGACUUUAUAUGGAUCCACGAUUAUCAUCUAAUGUUGACUGGAUUGGUGAUGCAGUCACUGGAUCCAAACCUGGAAGUACGUCCCAUUUCCAUGCCGUCUUAUGUAUUCGUACACACACUUACUUGUUUUAUUUUACUGCUAGUAUUUUACUUGAUUGUUGUU